AUGGCUGAGGAAACAGUUGAUACCCCAGUCACAGCGGAAACAGUUGAUACCCCAGUCACCGCGGAAACAGUUGAUAUCCCAGUCACCGGGGAAACAGUUGAUGCCCCAGUCACUGUGGAAACAAUUGAUAUCCCAAUCACUGUGGAAACAGUUGCUAUCCCACCUCUCAAGAAAAUUCAGCUUGAAGAUGGUCAUGGGAGAAGGAAUUUGACUGGAGACGUAGGCAUGCUUUUCAAUGGAAUAAGGAUCUUACCUCGUUAUCUCACUGGUUCUCCAGGUUCCUGCCAUGAUUUUUGUAAAUAUGGGACGAAACAUGAGUCCGAAACAAAGCCAAUGAGUCCCAAGCCAAAAAGGAUCAUAGCUAGACCAAGUGAAGGUGAAUAUUUGGCUAAGACUGUUAAUUCAGUGCCGAGAAAGAAGAAAUCAGUAUCCAGUCCAAAUAAGAAAUCAACAAUCAGUCCAAAGCCUUUACCUGAUUCCAAUAGCCAGAUACCAGACAAAAAACAAGUCACGAAGAAAGAAGUUCCAGCAUCAGCCAAGAAAGCUGCUGUUUCUUCAAAACAUGUCUCAUCACCUAGGAAGGGCAUGGAGGUUUCUACAAAAGUUGCUAGUGAUGUGAAGCCGAAGCGUUUGCUCAUGAAGUCAUCCUCUCUCCCAAACCCAAGACAUUUAAGCAAUAGAAGAGACGGUGAAAUCAUUAUACCCAAGAGAACUGAAUCUCUAAAAAUGAGUCCACUGGGAGUUUCAAGCAAUAGAAGAAAGAGCAAUAUUGGUGAAAAUAACAAAGUGCAGUCCCCCAAAACGAGAAAGAAAAAUAAUUUGAUGCAACAAACUGUUCCUUUAUUUCCCAAAUCAACUGUGAAGAGAGUAGUUUUGAGGCAAAAUUCAGAAGACUACACAAAUCUACGAAAGGUGGCUCUUCUGAAAAAUCAACAGUGUGAAAGAAAAGCCGAACCUGAGGAACCCAACGAUGAAACAGUUCUGGAGAAGACAUUGUAUGUUAUUGAAACAAAGCCUGAUAAGCUUACUAUGGAACUUGCUCAAAGUGAUAGUGAAGUAGCUCAUUCCUCUCCAUCCCUAUCUCCAUCCUCUGAGGACGAAAGCUUGGGAUUUGAUCAAAACGGAACACGCGCCUCUCUGUCACCCCCAUCGUCCGAGGACAAAAUUUCAGGACAAACUCAAACUGGUAUUUGCACUACUCAACCCUCUUCACGCUCAUCUCCGUCUUCUGAGAAUAGAAGAUUGAGACGUACUAGAAGUGCAAUCCAUAACACUCGGUCGUCUUCAUUAUCAUUAUUGUCAUUGCCCUUGUCUGCAUCAGAGUCCUUGAAAACUAAGGAAGUUGGCCUCAUCUCUGAACACAUUGAAAGUAAAAAAGUGGAGAAAAAGAGCAGGUCCAGAAGGGUUGGUAGAGUUGGCUCUGAAGAUAGAGAUCGCUCACCACGAAAGCUCAAUUUCAGGAGAGCAAAGUUGGUUGAUGUCAAUCAUGAGAACAAUGAUCCAAGGAAACUCAGAUUUAGGCAAGGAAAAGCACUAGGUGAGAACCAAAAUGGCAAGGCUGAUACAAAAAGGAGAAUCUUAAGGAGGUCAAUUUCCGAUGUUAAGCCAAUCGCCACUAAAGCAGAAACUGUGGAAGUUGUUCUUCGACACCAGGAUGUGGAAGACAAGAAAGAUGUUCAAAAUUUGUUUAAUGAAGUAAUUGAAGAGACUGCAAGCAAGCUCCUCCGGGACAGGAAUAGUAAGGUCAAGUCUUUGGUGGGUGCUUUCGAAACUGUGAUCUCCCUCCAGGAUACCAAAUCCGCAGCGACAGCUAAGACAAACUGA